AUGGCCGCCUCCUCCUGCGACGACGACUUCUCCCUGCUCGGCGACGACGCCGCCGCGGCACAGCCUCACCACGACCCUAGCCAAUCCCAUCGUCAUCACCAUCUUCCUCAGCAGACGCAACUGCAAGCGGCGGCGACUGCAGCCGCCUUCGUGACUCACCGAUUUGUGACGACGAAAGGGCCCGUCCCCGUCCACGCCUCCCACGCCCUGCGCGGCAGUAUCAGGAGCCCAAAGAAGUCCACUGGCGUCGACGACGACGAACCUGUCGACUACGGGGAGGCCUUCGCCGAGGCCGAUGCUGCCGCAUCUAAGCUCCCUUCCGCCCCCUCCCCCGCCGCCCCCGCCUUCCACGACGUCAAUUCCCACCAUUGUUUCGCCAGUACAGACGACGACCCUGUCGCUGCUGCCCCGAACGACUUUCCAUCCCAGCUGCCGGAAGAUGAAGACGACGAAGGAGACGACGGAGACAGCAAUCGCCACCAUCUUGAGAGGAAGGGGAGAGGCACGCCCGGGAGUGGCACUGUUGUCGGAUCUCACCCCUCCCGUCCGGAUAUCAAGCGCAAGGACCGCGAGGAGCUCAGCGACGGCGGCUCCCCCUACUGCUUCAAUAGCGGUGGCAGCGGUAAGAAGCCGAGGCUGUCCUCGUCGAUGGACUAUCGCAAGGACAGGGAAGAGUGGAGUGACUCGGCCAUCGCGUGCCUGCUAGAUGCGUACACAGAAAAGUACGUACAGUUGAAUAGGGGUAAUCUGCGAGGGAGGGACUGGGAGGAUGUGGCUACUGUUGUGAGUGAGCGAUGCGACAAGCAGAAGUCAGGCAAGAGCGUGGAGCAGUGUAAGAACAAGGUUGACAAUCUCAAGAAGCGGUACAAGGCCGAGCGCCAGAGGCUUAGCAGCGGCAAUCUCUCGGUUAGUCACUGGCCCUGGUUCAAAAAGAUGGAGCAGAUUGUAGGCUCGUCGUCAACCUAUGCCAAGCCGUUAUCAGAGGACGACAAAUCCAUUGUGGCUGUUGGGGACGGUUCAUCCUCUGCUGCCACUGUCAGGCAGAGCAAGAGGUCCAUCUCUUUCAUUCCUCUAGAAAUCCUCUUUAGUCUACAUGAUAUUCUUUUUGUGUGAAAGAAGGAUGCGGAUAAGAACCAGCAUUCAAAUAUCAUCGGGAACAGUGUAUGGAUUACUUUCAAGACAUUGCCUUUUUCUUCAAAUUAAGGCUUGAAGUACAUCAGAGCAUAUUUUAAGAAACAUCUCAAUGUUAAAAGCGUCUGACUCUAGUAUAUUUAGAAGAGUAUGGAUCAUUCUGCUUCAGGAUCUGCAGGGCUAUUGCUUUCGCAAUCAACUUUAGAGGGCAGCUGUGUCGAUGCCAAAGCUUUUCUUUUCUAGCGUAUUUGAUUGUUAAAUUUAUCAUAUAGGUAAUGUGAAAAACUCUGCUUAUCAUAUAGGCCGUUUAUAUAUGCCCAAACAGCGGUUUUUGCACUUAAUUCUUGUCAUCACUUUCGUCAUGAAGCUUUACCGGGUAUAAAUAGUUUUCUGCUUUCUUUUGAUCAGUGCUGCCGAUAGGUCAUCCUAGGAUGCAUUUUAUGGUAAUUUCUUAUUAAAGGUGGUUCGCCUUCUGAUGUAAGUUCUCUAAAAUUCCUAGGUAGCAUAAGUUGGCCAAUUGUGGCAUCGUUGGUGUAGAAGUAGAUAAUAAUUCGUAAUAAAAACGUAGAAUGCGAUCCUUGAGAACUUGUUACAAACCUGGAAAAUCGCUCCAUGUAAUGUUUUGGAGUACAAUCAUGAUCAGGACUUACUAAUGAAGACUGAAAAAAGGGGUAGUAUAUAAUUUUCUUGACAUUUGUGGUCAAAGAGGUGUCAGUCACGUAAGCCACGGUAUAAUUAUGUAUACCUGAGGGAUGCUCUCAAACAGGGCUUCCAGGCUAGAGUCCAAGUACUCGAAAGUCUUUACCAAAAAGUGCCACGUGCCCAUUUUCAUGAUCGGAAACGUAUUUAAGUUUCAUUAAUGUCUGACUGAUUCAUGGCAUGCAUGCUUUAGAUCUAUUAGACAUAAGUAAAAGGAGGAUGCAAUGAAAUCAUAUAAAGUUUCUACUGUCGGCCCACCACUCAUGAACAUAGUGAGAAAUAAGAGGGAAGGUACGAUGUCAAACAGAAGAGGAAAAAAAUCGGACAAAAUGAUAUGAAUUAUUUGUUUUCCACCCCAUCACCUGUGAGCACUCCACCUAAAGAAGCAAAAUAGUUGGUGAAUUUGGUUUCACCAAGUACUUCAGUGAUAGCAACCGAUGAUGUUCUUGCUAGUGAUUUUGUGUAGAUUUACACUUUUCCGGCCUCUGGGAUCAGGGUAGUGAUCCAGAGGGACCGUAUGGGAUGCCUAAUUGUCCUUCUUGAGUGACAUUGGGUGAUAGAUUCCAAUAGACUAUUGACUUUAUUACUUUCCUGAAGGACUCUGAUUCCAAAGGAGCGGUCAGCGACUAUGUCCUUGGGCAGAAAAAUUAUGUAAAUGAAAAAUUGUGGAGUUUUUUCCAAAGGAACAAGCACAGGAACCUCAACCUGACCAGUAAACUCAACUAAGGAUUAACAUAAAAUAUCCCUCCAAAUGUCCAGUUCCUCCAUUCAUUUCUUUUUGAAACGUUCCAAUGGUGGUCCAUAUAGAUUGGAGAUGUCAAGAAGAAACGAGUACGUUUCCAUUGAUAUGAUGGGGACUCUUUUUAAAUUUAGACUAUGGUGUAGGAUAUAUUAAGAAUUAGUCAAUUUAUGGAAAUGUGAUGGGGACUGUUGUCGCUUAAAUUUGGACUUGGUGCUCGCCUCUUCAUUUUCCAUUUGAGGAAUGUUUUUUCAUGUGCUUUGAAGGAAGAUGUUCAUUCUAUUACUUAUUUCAAAUCAAUUCUUUUGGAGAUCAUGAAUGGAAGCCGCUUGGAUUUUGUCCAGAGAAUUAAUUUUGGACAGUAUGCAGAUUGUUCCCUUACAUAUUUGGCGCUUUCAGAAGACCUUUGAUGAAUACAUUUGUCACUGUCUUUAUGUUGUCUGGGAUAAUUCAGGGGGAAGUUUAUUGUUUAUUUCGAUUAUUACUUGUCUAAAAUGUAAAUGUCAGAAAUUCAACCUGUCAGUCCCAGGUUAGCUCCUUGGCCCUGUUGGACGACGGAUGGUCUCAUUGGUUCGCAUACUGUCAUCACCACAUUAUUCUGGUGUCUAGGUUUCGGCAAUCUGACAAGUUCGUCACCUUUAUUGAGAGAUCUGCCAUGGAAUAGCUCUAGCUUAACCCUCCUUCCAAACUUGCACAUCACUGUUGUUGCAGUCCGCCACCUAUACAUUUCCCCCGAGAUAAUGUCCCUUGGAUUUUCAAGUUGUUCCAAAAGUCAUUGAUAUUUUAUGUUCUUAGCAAAUUAUUGCCUCCAAAGGGAUAAAUUAUACUGUCACCUCUGGAUUGGUGGUGAGCAGUAACAAUGUCUAUCUGGAAUGUGCGGCAGCCGCCAAUGAUUAAACUAGUUGAUGAAGUUCCUCUAGUCUAGUCCUCUUAGUAGUAUUAUGCUCUGCCAUCCCAGGUGAUGGCACUAUCUCCCAGAGAUAAGAUUUUACUGGCCAGCUCCACCUGAAUCUGGGCCAAGAUUUUAGAAGCUGCUUCUGGAGAACAUCCAAAGUGGUGUAAUUUGGGCCAGCAUUGGUCAUCAGACGCUAGUGAGGAAGAGUAUAAAGUUCCUCUCUCUCUCUCUCUCUCUCACUUGAGCCAUUCUUACCCUUCUUCUUUUCUCUUUUGAUGGAAUUUAUCAGUGAGCUUAUGUGGUGGUACUGUCCUCCAAGUUUUACAUUCAGCAAAAUCUCUUACAUAACCAUUACAUUGCUCCAUGAUUGGCUGAUUCCCGAUCAUACAAUAUACUGUAUUUGAUGGUACCCAUAGAUCAUGGGGUAGAGGUUUUGUGUUGGGUGAAUGGUAUUCAUCUCUUCGCGUGUAUAAUUUCCGUGUCCACGUACUCCCAGGAAAACAGCCUUCAGUAAACUUCUAAUUUUGUUUCGAUCAAAAUUGUGAAAGUAGACUAUAGCGGAAAAGUAAGAUACAUAUGUGAAUGAAACUGAUCAUAUUUUAUGAAAACACCCAUCUUUCUCUAAACAUGAAUGGGGAAAAGUUUUCAACCUUGCUUUUCUGGUUUAUCUUUUCGGGAAUCUUUUUGUUCAGCACUUUAGUCAUAUAAUGCUAGUAGACACUAAAGUUUCAACGUUCUAUGUAUGUGAUGCUCAGUACUUGUACUUGUGUUUUUUUUUCCCCCCUGUUUCAUUUCAUAAACCUGUAAGUAAUUAUGCAGAUAUGCGCCUGCCAACCCUGGACCGGUGAACUUAACAAAUAACUUGAAGACAAAGCCCUUGUCAAUUCCAAGGUGGCGAAGAGUGGUCUUAAAAAUUAGUGGAGAUGCCUUCACUGGGAAUGGACCUCAAAAUGUUGACCCUAAGGUUCAUCUCCAUCUCUUGUUUUUAUUUCUUGCAUUGUGACUAUUAUAGUCUAUUAGGUUAACAGGUAAAUAGUCGCUUAUUUAUCCUUAAAGAGGGUUAUCUAACUCAUAUUGUCUAUUCUAUGCUUAGGUGAUGAUGCUAAUAGCCAGAGAAAUUGCAACUGCUUGCCGUGUAGGAGUAGAGGUAUGCAUAAUCCAAGCCAAUUUAUGAAUGUCGUAUUUCUUCAAUGGUAAAGGUUUUUGCGUUCUUAGUAAAUGUCCUAUUUCCCAUCCUUUUUAUUUCCAGGUGGCAAUUGUUGUUGGGGGACGCAAUUUCUUUUGUGGUGAUUCAUGGGUGGCUGCAACCAGUAUUGACCGAGCAACAGCAUACCAAAUAGGGUAUUGUUUUUAAUAAUUCGGGCCUUCUCACAGAUCUUUUAUCCUAAUCAAGUUACUGGUGCUUUAAGCUUUUAUCCUAAUCAAGUUACUGGUGCAUUAAGGAUUUGUGAAAUUUAAAUUUUUGUCAUUUAUUUUUUCUUCCACGAUUUCUUUGUAUCAGUUCCUGGAUUUGUCUUUCUACUACUACCUUUUUUCUAGGUUUGCUUUUCUGAUCCAGUUUUAGAAGGAAGAUUCUGUUUUUCUUUUCAACUAUUCCUUAACUUGUAGUCUCUGUGUGGGAGGUAAAACGUGUGAAAUUCAUACUCAACUUCAUUCAGAAUAGAUAUGGACAUUGAGGAGGGGUUCUCUUAGGACUUCAUGCCAUUUAUUUCUCUACCUCAUAUCCAUUCCCCCAUUUCUGAUUUCCGAUAUGUAGGCAUGUGUUUAUGGACAGGAGUGGGCAUACCUUUAAGACAAUCCAAAUUCAGAUGAUAGAUGGCAGAUAGAAGAAAACAAAGGUGAUUCAUCACAAUUGUAAAGCAAUACCCAUCAAUACUUGGUGUUCUUGUGACAUGGUUCACGGAUGUACGUUUUUUUUUAAUCAUUAUUUCUCAAUUGACUUAUAAAUAAGUUUCAAGAAUUCGUCUCUAGUGCCAGCACUAAGUUGAGGUUAGUUGGAGACCAAGAGAUCUCGCCUUUUGGGAAGAGUCGUUGCAGUCUGAGCUUACCUUGGCCUCUAAUCUUCACAUGGAAAUAACUUUCUGAAGAAACUGGAACUGGCAGUUGUGGAUAGGGAUUUAUGCAUAAAGCACAAGGAAAAGCAUUUGUUGAAGUGUUGACCAAAUAUAUUAACGAAAUGACAAAAAGUACUAGAACCAUGGGGUACAGGCUAAAAUAAAGGCCCAAAAUGUAACCAAGGAAUUCUCGAUUAAUGCUACCAGUAAGCGACAUAAAGACUACAUCAGAAUGAUAGUGUUGCCAAGAUUUGCUACCAGCAUGUUCAACAGAUGUUCAAUCUUCCUAUCUGUUGGUUGUUUUCCUUGUUACGUUGAAGUCCCUUGUUCUCCAAUAUGAUGGCGUUUUCACUGAAGAACUCGUCAUUUGGGAAUUGCAUUUUUUUCUCCGGUGUAAUUUUGUUAGUCUCCGUGACUGGAUUCAGUGGCCAGACCCGUUUAAACUUUUGCUCUGUAUUUGUUAUAUAAUUCAUAUUUGAAUAGACGUUUAGAGAGUAUUUUCAAUAGUGAAUCAGCUGGGUAGCCUUUGGAAUUCUGUUCAUCCCCCGAAAUUCAGUUGCUUCAGUGAGGCCAUUCCCGGGCUUGAUCUUGCUACAGAGAAAUGUGAUAAGGUGCAUCAGGAACAGCACCUUAUGUUUAUAUACGAUUUGCCCAUUCUGCUACUGAUAUCUGUAUACGAUUCCCUCUCUAACUCAGGGUCUGUUAACGGAAAAUGUGUCCGAGUCAUGUCCUUGAAAGCGAAGCAUCUUGGACAGGAUUUUUGCUUCCUGCGUCAAUUAAAGGCAGAAUAAUAUGCGCUUACGUUCAAGUUUCGUAGGGUUUAGCUGGUCAUACUUUUAUAAAUCCCCAUCCUCCCUUUUGUUCGGGGGAGGGUGGGGGGGGUUGUGGUGGGAAGUUCUCUGGUAGUUGGAAGUGGGUGAGAAGAAAACAGGUGUAAAGUGAACACUAGCAACCACAAUUUAAGAAGAUGCUCUCUUCUAACAAUUCCAAGUUAUCGACAACUACAUGUGUACAUUUAUGUUACCCCCAAGUAACAAUAGUUGGCUUUAUGCCUAUCAUUUGAUCAUCGCAUAUUUUGUAUUUCAUUCAAUUUUUGUACCUUUUGCACCUUUCGAUUUCAUUGUAUAUUGUAGGCAAAUAACCUUCACGCAUCAUCUUUGUUGGAUAAGACAGGCAAUGGAUUUAUCUACUCAUUGUCUUAUUUUUGCCGUAGUUAUUUUACUCUUGUAUUAAGUUGACAGUUUCCUUAGCGGAAGAAAUAGUUUUGGCAUCUGUGUUUAUGAUUUCUAGUUUCAUAUUUUUGUCAUAUUUCUAACUUCUAGCCUCUGUAGCUGUUCGAGAUAUGUAGUAAAGUCCAGGUUUUCCGUUUCUUCUGUUUCUUCUGGUUAUGCAUCUUCUCUUCGCCACGUUUUUCCCUCAAUGCCUUACACUUACCCGCUUGGGUGCUACAGCAUGAUGGCGACUGUAAUGAACUCUGUGCUGCUUCAAGCAUCUCUUGAGAAGAUUGGUGUGCAGACACGCGUACAAACAUCAUUUAUGAUGCAAGAGAUUGCAGAGCCCUACAUCAGAAGAAGGGCAAUCCGUCACCUUGAGAAGGGAAGAGUUGUCAUCUUUGGUGGUGUUGGUGUCGGAACAGGGAACCCGCUUUUCAGCACUGAUACGGCUGCUGCUCUGAGAGCCUCCGAACGUAAUGCUCCUCGAGCUGACUGCUUUUUAUUGAAUGCUUUUCAUCCGGGUGGGCUCACGAGCAUUUAGAAUCUGAAUAGAAAUUCAAUGUCCCCUUUGUCAGUUGGUGCAGACGCCGUUCUUAAAGGAACGACCGUUGACAGCGUUUUCGAGUGUCAUCAGCGGACCAACAGCCGCGUUCCCUUUGAACAUGUGUCAUUCAGGGAAUUGCUCGCAAGAGGUUUCACAGCCAUGGAUACGACAGCUAUCACUUUCUGCGAGGAGAACAAUAUCCCUGGUCAGUCGUGUAGCCAUGCAAUGCGAGCACCUGCUUUUGCAUCUCUUAUUUUGCCCGCCUUGUUAACAUGGACCAUCUUGCUUGUGCAGUUGUGGUCUUUAAUCUUCUAGAAUCUGGGAACAUCUCGAGGGCGCUUUGUGGAGACCAAGUGGGCACCCUUGUUGACCAGUCCGGAAGGAUCGGUUGA